AUGUCCAAGCUCUUCUCCAGAACUAAGUCGGCGACGAGCAUGGGCAGGAACGGGCCCAGCGGAGGCUCCGCUGGUGCGUACAGCGACACUGACGACUUUGGGAGAAUAAGAGCGACAACAUUCAAGCGUGGAAAGACGGACAGUCAGCUCGAGCGGUCUCGCCAGCGGACGCUCUCGAAUCCAAACCUCGUUCACGGUUCGUUAAACGGCCAAAACGCCUCUUACAGCACGUAUAUCGACAGAUCAGAGUCUGCAAAGGAUCUUCCUUCACUUCCAGAUGGCUACUUCCUCCCGACCAGUCUCACCGCACCCCCCGAAAUCGCAGACGACCUCCAUGAGCUUCGAGGCGGCGAUACGAAGCAGGAAUAUGGUUACCUCGCAAGUGAGAGACACGUAAUCCUCGGUCUGGAUGAGGUUGUGCGACUCGUGGAUGUCGUCGCUGAGGAACUCGGCCAGCGAGGACUGACGACGCCUCUUUUGUUCUCUCCUUUGGCCAUUGACAUUCGACCGAAUGUCAUCAAAAAGCUCAUCGCCGCCUUUCUCGCGACCUGCCCUCAUCACCUUGCGCUCUCUUCCACCGAGCAACGGUGGCGUGAAGAGGCGACCUUUGCUGGUCCCCACGAGCUUGCCAUGUUCCUCCGUUGGGGAUUGGCACGCAUCGUUCGGCUCGAACGCGGCGUAGAGGUCCGAGGCUUUGUCAAGUGGGAAGAAUACGUGAUCUGGAGACAGGAAGAACACGGUACAGUUGAUUUCAUCUUCACCCCGAUGCCAGACUCCUCUGAUGUUGCUUGGGCAGCACACGGUUAUGAUCCCUCCCAUUUCGCGCGCUUCGUUCAGAGUCUCGAAAAGCCGGUCCGCGCAUUGUGCAACUCACUCUUUAAUCUCCUGAGUCGUCUCGCCGCACACGCAACCUCGUCUGGCUUAACGCCCAUCCAACUGGCUUCUUUCUUUGGUCCCGUCAUCUUUGGCCUCGGCAACCCUUCCCUUCCUUUCAAUCACACCUAUGCCGCAUAUCUGAGAGCAUCACAUGCCACGGAACACUUGCUGCUUGCCUUUAUUCGCUGGCAAGAGGCCCAAACCCAGUUAAAGGGUGCCAUGCCUGUUCGACUCAAGGACUGGGUCAGAGGCUAUCCGUCCAUGAUCCCUGACAUGACUCGUAUAGAAAAACCGCGUCGUGGUGCGAAAUUGACUCGGCUUGCGCCUGUGAGACGCAAUGUCCGUCUUUACUCGCCAGACCUUGUCAAGAACGCUGCAUCCUGGGCAUCGGCAAAGGGAGAUUUCCAGUCUUCCAAGGAGUGGUCUCGUGUCGCUCCUCAGUUUCUCAAACUCCAACCGAAAUAUUCGGACAACUAUAGAAAGUAUAUCAACGUCCCGCCGGGCUUUGCCCCGGACUUGGGACUCGGGACCAAUGCCUUGGAGCUCAACCGAACGCCGGAUGAAGAGGGGAAAGAGUUGGGCCUCCUAGGAUUAGACACCCAAGAGGACGACCGGUUCCGGAGUCUGACGGACAUGCGAUGGGGGACCUUCGAGAGCUUUGGUUUCUCUGAAACCGAUCAGAACAAACUCGCUUUCGAUCUGACUGAGAGCGCGCGCAAGGCGCGAGCAGAGAAGCGAGAGACGCUCUCUUGGAAUGACUUUUCUAGCGCCGGAUUCUCACGCACCGAUGAGCCGUUAUCUGCAACCCUUCAGUUUUCUACACCCGUCUCAUCGAGUAUCAACUCGUGGGCUUCUCAAUCAGCCGAGAUUCACCGCAAGCUCAAGAAGGCACAAAAGUCUCUACCACCCUUUGGUUGGGACACCGCACCUGUGCUUGGUCGCGAGGAAAUGGUUGAAGAGGGUUUCCUGGAGGUUUUCGCUUCGCUCGUCUACGGGAGUGGCUGGAUGGACAGAACGGAGCAUACUUUCAGAGAAUGCAAUUGGGCACUGGUCGAGUUCAAGGCUAUGCCAACCCAGCGUCCUUCGACCCCACCAAGUGGUGACCCACGUACUUCCACUAUCCUCUUUCUAUUCGAGGAGUUUGUGCCACAAGAGUACCGCGAUCAAUUGGCAGCACCCAAGAAGAAGGGCAUCUUUGCGCCGACUUCGCUGCUUGUGGCCACUCUGAAUCCAAAAUCCAAGCAAUGGAAGCCAGCACCCACACUAAACGGGAAACCAUACGUGGUAGGGAACACACCGACUAUUCCGAAGAACACAUCGAACAGAGAGGCGGAGUUUGAAAAUAUGCUUAAGAGCUCCCAUGCCACCACCAAGGUAUCACUCACUCGAGGCGUCAGCACUCGUGACCACCCGAUUCCGACGCCUCUGACUAGUCAUACUCCUCUACCUGACAACGAUAUUCCACCGGUCCCGCCCGUUCCAUCUCUCCCAGCCAACUCGCCCACGAAGCCGAAGAACAGAUUCAAGAUCAAAAAACGCAGUGGUAUGCAACCAGCAGAAUAUGAUGAGAUGGAUUUUGAGACGAGGGAGGCCUCUGAUUCGGACUCGGAUGGUUCUCCCCUUGGUCGUUCGAACGGUGCAGGGAAUAAUAAGCGCCUGUCCAGGGACGAUGCCUGGAUCGACAUCUUGGUCGCUGACACUGGGCGACGCCGUAUGCCAGGCCAAGAGGUUGAGCCAGGAGGACCCAGGAGGCGGGCUAUUAAUAACAAUAGGAGUGAUCCAGAACUCGCCCGCGAGGAAAUAACCUCAGUUCUCGCUGGUGUUCCUCCUCCAGAUGAUGAUUAUCCCUUCAACGGUCACCAUCAAGGCUAUAGCCACGUUCGAGAGCCGACAGAGGAGCCUAUACUUGAUCCUGAACCCUAUCCAUACUCCAACCAGCUGCAAGGACGUCGGUCCUUGGACUCGGAUGAGUACACCAACGACGGACCGGUCAUUCGAGUCCAAUCACCUUCCACCCUCGCCUCUCCUCGCCACGAUCAGAGGUGGCCUCAGCAUGUUCGGGAUUCUGUCGACUCACACGACUUUGAGCCGAUGCCACAGACACUCUCACAAGAAGUUGAAAUACCUUCUUUCAUCGAUGCAGAGCGCAACUAUAGUCAAGAGCUUAUACCACCACAGCCAACCUCUGCUACACUCCCUCCUUCGCCCUCCCAUAACCAGCAGGGUCUCCCAGAGUCGAGCCCUGGUAGAAAGGGGAAUGUCGGCGCUCUCGUCGACAUGUACCAGCAGAAGACAUCCCCCGCACCGUCGCGACUGCCUGUCAGGACGGCAAGCUUGGACAAUCCAAAAACCGCUUCGGCCCAGCCACAACCUACCCCAGUCGCUCCCGAACCAGAACCAGAGGUGGUGCCCGCUGCUCUAGAUCUUCCGGUCGGACGGAUUAGUCCAGGUCGGUAUGUUCACGGAGCACCAUUACACAACGUAAUGGAAGAAGAAGAAGAAGACUAG